AUGUCUGAAAAUCAAAUCACUUCACCUGCAGGCAAUGCAAACCUUCCCCAAGAAACAAACAACCUUAAUACCGAAGGCCACGUAGAAGUCUACUACAAUGCUCAGGAGAAUAUUCUCACCGCUCCCCCUACCGCAUCAUCCAGCGGCACGACCACUCCCAUCAGGACUGGUCAGAACAACAUGGUUCAGAUCGAUCUCCUAUUCCCUCAGAUGAACUUUCCAGUUCCCGAAGUCAUUACCACCCAACAAGACAACCAAGUGCUCACGGGAAACCACUACAACUUCGAAGACAAUAACCUCACUCUUCCACGUGCUCCACCACCCAGCGGUAUGACCACUCCCCUCAGAAUUGGUCAGAGCGACAUGAUUCAGAUCGAUCUCUUAUUCGCCCGUCUAAAUGCUCCCGUUCACGAAGUCAUUACCACCCAAGAAGACAACGAUGAAGACGAGUGGCAAGUCGAUACAAUCCCCGAGGAGCCUCCAUACUGCGAAGGUGGCUCCGAUUCCGACGAUUCUGAUGACGACCGCGACGAUGACAGUACAUGCAACAUCUGCUCCCGUCGUAAAUCCACCGUGUCGUUCCCCACCUGCUCACACAAAAUGUGCCAGAGCUGCACUAAACAGUGCUGGUGGUCCAUCCUGCUUGACCGGGAGCACUGGCCUAUGGAGAUGCCUUGCCCAUUCUGCAGAACAAUGAUUAACGGGAUCGUUGAAAGCGGCAACCCGGAUGUUCAGCUAGUCAGCUGGAUUGUUAAUUCGAGCAUUGGUGCUCAGAGCAGAUUGAGGGAUGCUGAGGUUGGCCUGGUUUAUCCAGUCGCGAUGGGGGUUUGGAUUGAUGGAUAUCGUCGCGAACAAAUCGAAAAAGCUCGUCCCCACUAUCUCACACGCUGGGUCAUCUUCUUGGCUUUUCUUCUUGCCGUAUUCGCACCAAAAAUCCCCGGAUAG